UUCAUACGUCAAAACUGACAGCAGCAGUUUUCUUAUUAUCUCAAAGUUGGCUGCCCUUUUCCUUUUCGAUUCGUUUUUGGUGAGACAAGACUAAUAAGCAAAGAUGGGUAAAGGAAAUAAUAUGAUUCCAAAUGCCCACUUCCACAAGUGGUGGCAACGACAUGUUAAAACAUGGUUUAACCAACCUGCAAGAAAAUUGCGUAGGCGUCAAAACCGCAUUAAGAAAGCCAAAGCUGUUUUCCCGCGUCCAGCUGCUGGGCCAUUGAAGCCAGUUGUACGUUGCCCAACCAUACGUUAUCACACUAAAUUGCGUGCUGGACGUGGUUUCACUUUGGAAGAACUUAAAGGUGCUGGUCUUACCUAUGGUUUCGCCAAAAGUAUUGGUAUUGCUGUCGAUCGCAGACGAAAGAACAAAUCAUUAGAAUCACGUCAACGUAAUGUACAUCGUCUUAAGGAAUACCGCAGCAAGUUGAUUUUGUUCCCAAUUAAUGAGAAGAAAAUCCGUAAAGGUGAAUCAACACUUGAAGAAUGUAAAUUGGCAACCCAACUUAAGGGUCCAGUUAUGCCAAUUAAGCAAGAUGAACCAGUCGUUGAAUUCCGUGAAAUCACUAAAGAAGAAAAGAAAUUCAAAGCUUUCGCCACACUUCGUAAGGCUCGUUCUGAUGCACGUUUGGUUGGUAUUCGUGCUAAACGCGCUAAGGAAAAUGCUGAUAAUCCAGAUGAUGUUGGCAAAGAUAUGAAGAAAUCUAAGAAGUAAAUUGUACUACGUUUUUUUAAUAAAUUAGAUAUUUGCUAACGUAAAUUAUA